AUGCUGACCCACACUUGGACCAGUGUCCUGACUUUGCUUCUGUGGAAUUUCUCACGCCCCACUAUCAACGACACACAGGCUGCAGCUCUCCUCCAAACAUUCUGGAUAGCAACCAAUGCUGCCCUUAAACUUCAGUGGCAACAGCAGCUUGCUGCAGACAAACUCAUUGCAGCAGAGCGUAGGCGCCUACUCAUCGAAGAAGAUGCCCAAUGUCUAUUGGCACAGCAAAUCAAUGACACUGCCAUAGCUGCUGAAGAGAAGAAAAAGAAUUGCAUCCAUCACAUUCCCAUUCCAGACCGACCUCGCCCGCAAUGCAAUGCUGCCAAAUCUGUCCUCAUAUCAGACUUCGCUCUUUGCAAACUCGACAAAGCUCAGUUUGUCGAGCUGUACUACUGGAUGAAUCGUGGUUUAGCAGCGGCACACCUCAAUUAUUGUACCCUAGACGACGACAGCCUCAUGCCCACAGCUGGAGCAGACAGUUCCACCACUUGGACCUCUGCAAGUGCUUCUUGGCCCACAGCAGGUGUAAUUGCCGAUCACCUGCUGUCCACAGUAGACUUUUCAAGAGCCGUGCCAUGUUUCAUCACCUCCUUACAAGAACGAGGUUGGGUCAACUCAUGCAUAGUGAUGUUGGCCAACUUCUUCAUGGCCCUCAUGAUGAUGUUUUUGAACAGUGCGCCAUUCUCACCUACCAGGAAGAACAACGUCGGGCUUGGCAUCAAGCCAUACCCCUCCCAGAUGGCGCCUGGAACAUCUCCAUUCUAG